AGUCGCUCAAUAAUUAAUAUAAUUAACAGAAAAAAUAACAUUCUACUACUAAUAUUUAGUGAUUAGUAAAUGAAUCUGUAUAAAUAAGACUUUGAAUAUUUUUACGCGAAAAGACAAACGCUUCAUGGAUCGUAAACUAUAGGCGGGCACUUGGCACUCUAGAUGUUUCUACUUUCUUUAGGUAGUAAGUAAAUAACACAAUAACACUAGUAAAUAGAUCUUCAUCAAGUUCAUCACAUCACAGAUGGAAAGUGGCUGAUGAGUAAAUAUGCGUCAUGAAUAAAUGCGGGAAAGAAGCGUUUUUAAAAUGGCAGAUGAUUUUGAUAAAGAAGCUCCGGAUGUAAUGGAGAAUCAAAUCAUAACGGAAAACCCGCUUGAGUUUUCUGUAAUUGUUAUAAAAAAAGAAGUCCUCAAUUUUUACGAUAGUGAAUUUGAAUCUACAACAAGUUCAGUUCAAGAUAGAAAACCAUAUUUACAAGAGGAAAUUGUACCAAAUUCCUUUGAUGCUCUAAGCUCAGAAAUUCCUGACAGCGACAUAUAUCAAGAUGAUCUUCUCAACUCCAACAAAAUUAUAUUUGGGUCUAAGUCGAACUUAGUUUCCGAUGAUGAAGACCAUUGUGAAUAUUCUGAUAAACUUUAUCCGGAAAAUGAGCUGUCCUUCGCAAAGGAUCCAAAACUCCAUCCAGAUUCAAUAGACGAAAACUAUUUUGAAGAGUUGGUAACAUCUUACGAACCAAAGGUUGAGUUGCUUGAUAUACAGUCUUAUUUACACAAAUCGAGAAGAUAUUGUGCCACUUGUGGAAUUUUAUUUCCAGAACUUAAUGCUUUUGAGAAGCAUGUACGAAUAUAUCACAAAGCGAGUGACUUAAAUAAACGCCGUAUAUAUAAAUGCACAAUUUGCGACAAAAAAUUCGUUACGCCUCAGGUCUUAAGAAAUCAUAGAAGUAAUAUUCAUAAAUUGAAUAAUGGAAAAAUAUUACAAAGAUCAAAAUACAGACGUGUCUUGGAUAAAACGACGCAGCAACAUAGAUGCACAAUUUGUGCGAAAAAUUUCGUUGCACCUCAUGUAUUAAGAACGCAUCUUAUUAAUAUUCAUAAAAUUAAUUAUGGGGGAGUUCCACGUGAAAUAAUUCAAAAUACCGAAAACAAUACUACGAAGGAGUUAGAUAGUCAAAUUGUGAACCAUGAACAAACUUUGGGAUGGAGUAAUACAUGUUUUCAUUGCAAAAAAACAUUUGAUACACAGAAGUGUCUCAUUGAACACUUGUACGAUAUUCUACAGAUGAAAAGAAAAAAUACAGAAAUUGUUCCAGUAUUGAAGUCAAUUUUGUUUAAAUGCAAUAAAUGUGACAUCAAUUUUACUUCAUCACAAUUUGCAGCAAACCAUGCUGAGCAUAUGGAAAUGUUAAUUAAUUGGAAGUGUACUAUCUGUAAUCGAAUAUUCAAAAAAGAAGAUGCUUUAAGUCACGAAAGACAGCAUUCGGUUUCGAACAACUUCUUAGUAUACAAUUUGGGUGAUCUAGAUGUCACUAGAAUUUUAUACAAGUGUUCUAAAUGCGCAGUACACUUUACUGAAAGUAACUUUCUUUAUCAUUUCCGAGACUGUGGUCUAGAAGUUUCUAAACCCAUACACUGCAGAAUUUGUAACAUGUCAUUGGAUUACAACAUAAUAACCUCUCAUGAAUCUGAAAAUCAUACGGAACCUAACUAUUAUACUAUUAUCGAAAGUGAUGUAAUUUCAGAUAACCCGGUGAAGUUGACGGCAAAUAAAUAUCAAGAAAAGGAUAAGUUACAAGAAUUAAAUGAAUCGUUGUGUGAAGCGAAAGUUGUUUUACAAAGAAUCGAUUCGAAUAAAGUCAACAAAUCUAAUUCUGUAAAAUGGUCCUCCGAUCAGUCUCUCAGCGAUCUGGAAUCCAGUACUUACGAACAAACUAGUAAUUCGCCACAAAAACUGCAGAAAGAUACCAAUGCCUCUGGAUUUUGUUCAACUGUAGAAACUACAGUAAGAAAUCAAAAAAAGAUUGAUUUGCGUCCAAAGAAUCAUCUAACAUAUUACUACUGCGAGACUUGUAAAUGCUUCGUAAGCAGAUUAAAGAAAAAAAACCACUUAGAAGCACGCUGUAAAGAAAAAUCCAAAGGGACUUGCAAACGAUGUGGUCUUACGUUCACUACUGCUUCUUUGAUGACACACAGAAGACUACACAAGGAAAGGAAAGACUUGACAUUGAAGAGUUUUAAAUUCUUUAACCUGUACAACGGGCAGCCCAUUAAUCCUGCCAAGCCUGAAUUUGUAAAUACAAAACAACCUAUAAAAACGCAACUGGGAAGGCGUAAUAUGACAUAUUACUAUUGUGAGACUUGUAAAUGCUUUUUAACUAAGUUUAAUAAAGCCGUAUUCCAUAAACGUAAGUUAUGUAAAAAAAUUGCCAAGGCGAAUUGCAAGCAUUGUGGCCUUUUGUUUACAAGUGCAUCUAUAAUGACACAUAGACGUCUACACGAGGAAAUGAAAGACUUGACAGUGAAGAAUUUUAAAUUGUUUAACCUAUACAAUGGUCAACCCAUGGAUCCUCCUGUACUGGCACCGGAAAUCAUAAGUUUACAACAACCUGUGAAUAAUGAAACUGAAAUCGGACAUAUAAAACGACCUGCGCAUAAUGGAGACAGGAGUACGAAGAAAGUUGUGAAAUAUUACUUCUGUGAAACUUGUAAGUGCUCCGUAACCAACCAUAAGAAAAAUGUCCACUUAGAGGCACGGUGCAAGGACUUAACUAAGUCGACUUGCAAAUACUGUGGUCUAACGUUUACAAAAGCGUCUAUGAUAACACAUAUGCGACUACACAAAGAACGGAAAGGUUUGUCAUUGAAAAGUUUUAAGUUUUUUAAUCUUUACAAUGGCUUGCGCAUGAGUCCUCCAAUACGUGAAGUUAUAAAUUUAAAUGAACAUGUAAAAACACUCAGUGAUUUGGAAUCCAGUUCUUACGAACAAACUAGUAAUACACCACAAGAACUGCAGAAAGAUAACAAGGCCUAUGGAUAUUGUUCAGCGACAGAAACUACAGUAAGACACCAAAAGAAGCUAGAUUUGCGUCAAAAUCGUAAUCUAACAUAUUACUACUGCGAAACAUGUAAAUGCUUCGUAAGCAAAAUAAAGAGUAAUAUCCACUUAGAAGCACGCUGUAAAAAAUUUCGUAAAGAAACUUGCAAACUAUGUGGUCUUACGUUCACUACUGCGUCUUUGGUGACACAUAAUCGACUACAUGAAGAAAAAAAGGACUUAUCUUUAAAUAAUUUUAAAUUCGCUAACCUCUACAAUGGCCUACCCAUGAAUCUUCCUGUACCUGGAAAUGCGAUUAUAAAGGGAACUGUGAAAAAUGCAGCUGAAUUAAAAAAAAAAAAACGAUCUGCGAAAAGUAUCAAAAACUGGCAAACAAGGCGUAAUCUUACAUAUUAUUAUUGUGAGACUUGUAAAUGCUCCGUAACCAAAUUUAGAAAAGAGGUCCACUUAGAGGCACGAUGUAGUAAAUUGACUAAAACGACUUGUAAACUCUGUGGUUUAAUGUUUACUAAACAAUCUAUGAUUACACAUACGCGUCUACACGAGGAAAAAAAGGACAUUUCAUUGAAGAAUUUUAAAUUCUUUAACCUGUACAAUGGCCAACCAAUAAAUAUUCCUGUACUCGAGGUUGCAAAAACACCUUUACAUAGUGAAGCUGAAGUUGUAAAGCGACCUAUUAACGUAGAAGCUAAAGAUGAAUGCUUAUUAGAACCUGUGAGCGACAAUGAUGACUUUGAUAAUGUAAACCGACCUGUAAACAUAGAAGGAGAAUAUAUAUGUUCUAAUCCACCAAUAAACAAUGAAGCUGAUGUUGAAAGUAUAAAACGUCUUUUAAACAAUGAAUCUCAAAGUGGAAAUUUAAAGCCACCUAUAAAUAUUAUACCUGAUGUAGAGAGUAUAAUAUUGCCUGAAAACAACGAUGAUAUGGUUAUAAAUACAAAAUGCCGCUCAAACAUUCAAGCUGCAGUUGAAAAUAUAAUAGGAUUAGUCUACAAUGAAGCUGAAGUUGAAGGUGUAAAACAAACUAUAAACAUAUCCAUGAAUCUUCCUGUACCUGGAAAUGCGAUUAUAAAGGGAACUGUGAAAAAUGCAGCUGAAGUAAAAAAAAAUAAACGAUCUGCGAAAAGUAUCAAAAACUGGCAAACAAGGCGUAAUCUUACAUAUUAUUAUUGUGAGACUUGUAAAUGCUCCGUAACCAAAUUUAGAAAAGAUGUCCACUUAGAGGCACGAUGUAGUAAAUUGACUAAAACGACUUGUAAACUCUGUGGUUUAAUGUUUACUAAACAAUCUAUGAUUACACAUACGCGUCUACACGAGGAAAAAAAGGACAUUUCAUUGAAGAAUUUUAAAUUCUUUAACCUGUACAAUGGCCAACCAAUAGAUAUUCCUGUACUCGAGGUUGCAAAAACACCCAUACAUAGUGAAGCUGAAGUUGUAAAGCGACCUAUUAACGUAGAAGCUAAAGAUGAAUGCUUAUUACAACCUGUGAGCGACAAAAAUGACUUUGAUAACGUAAACCGACCUGUAAACGUAGAAGGAGAAUAUACAAGUUCUAAUCCACCAAUAAACAAUGAAGCUGAUGUUGAAAAUAUAAAACGUCUAUUAAACAAUGAAGCUCAAAGUGGAAAUUUAAAAUCACCUAUAAAUAUUAUACCUGAUGAAGAGAGUAUAAUAUUGCCUGAAAACAACGAUGAUAUGCUUAAAAAUACAAAAUGCCUCUCAAACAUUCAAGCUGCAGUUGAAAAUAUAAUAGGAUUAGUCUACAAUAAAGCUGAAGUUGAAGGUGUAAAACAAACUAUAAACAUUGAAUCUGAGGUUUUAAAUACAAAAUACCCCUCAAACAUUCAAACUGAUAUUGAAUAUAUAAAUCUAAUUGUGAAUAAUGAGGUUGAAGUUGUAAAUACCCCUAUACAUAGUGAUGCUGAAGUUGUAAAGCGACCUAUUAACGUAGAAGCUAAAGAUGAGUGCUUAUUACAACCUGUGAGCGACAAAGAUGACUUUGAUAAUGUAAACCGACCUGUAAACAUAGAACGAGAAUAUAUAUAUUCUAAUCCACCUAUAAACAAUGAAGCUCAAAGUGGAAAUUUAAUACCACCUAUAAAUAUUAUACCUGAUGUAGAGAGUAUAAUAUUGCCUGAAAACAACGAUGCUAUGGUUAUAAAUACAAAAUGCCUCUCAAACAUUCAAGCUGCAGUUGACAAUAUAAUAGGAUUAGUCUACAAUAAAGCUGAAGGUGAAGGUGUAAAACAAACUAUAAACAUUGAAUCUGAGGUUUUAAAUACAAAAUACCCCUCAAACAUUCAAACUGAUAUUGAAAAUAUAAAACGAAUUGUGAAUAAUGAGGUUGAAGUUGAAAAUUUAAAGCGAUCUAUAAACAUUGGAACUGCAGUUGAAAAUUUAAUAAGACCCAUAAAUAAUAAUUCCGAAGUUGACAAUUUUGAAAACCCUAUAAUCAAUGAAGCCGAAGAUACAAACAUUGAACUCCCUGUAAACAGUGAAUCCCUUUCGAACAAUAAAGCUCUAGAUGAAAGUAAAUAUCGACAUGUAGACAAUGAAGAUGAAAAUAUUGCACGACCUGUGAAUCUUGGCACAACAUUAAUAAAUCGACCUGUAACAUACGAAGAAGACAACGAUAUGAGUACAAAGUUUAGUCAGAAAUACUACUUCUGUGAAACUUGCAAAUGCUUCGUAACCCACUUUAGAAAAAAUACCCACUUACGGGCUCGUUGCAAGAAAUUAGCGAAAAUGACUUGCAAACACUGUGGUCUAACGUUUACCAACGGUUCUAUGCUGACACAUAGACGUCUUCACGAGAAAAAGGAAGACUUAACAUUAAACAAUUUUAAAUUCUUCAACUUAUACAAUGGUCAACGAAUGAAUCCUCCUAUACAAGAAGUUGUGGGCAUUGAACAAAGUGAAGACCUCGAAGUUGUGAAUAUAACAAAACCUUCACACAAUGAAACUGAAGCUCUACACUUAAAAUUACCUGGAAACGAUAAAGAUUGGCGUACUAAAAUUAAUAUGACAUUAUACUAUUGUGAAACAUGUGAAUGCUUCGUAACUAAAUAUAAAAAAGUUUUCCACUUACAGGCACGUUGCAAGAACUUCACCAAAGUGACUUGCGAACGUUGUGGUCUAACGAUUACUAGCAAUUCUAUAAUGACACAUAUACGCCUACAUGAAGAAAUGAAAGAGUUCACACUAAAUAAUUUUAAAAUUUUUAACCUUAACAAUGGUCAACCUAUGAACUCUCAUACACUGGAAGUUCUAAUUAAGAAACGGAAUGUAAAUAUUAAAGCGGAAGUGUCAAGUAUAAAACCUGCAGGUAAAGAAGGUAAAAUCAUAAAUUUAAAACGAUCUUUAAACAUUAAAGCCAAACGUCCAAGGCGUAAUCUAAGCUAUUACUUUUGUGAAACUUGUAAAUGCUUCGUGACCAAGUUUACAAAAAAUGCACAUUUACAGGCCCGUUGCAAGAGUUUUUCAAAAAUUAUUUGCAAACUCUGUGGUCUAAGGUUCACCAAAGCAUCUAUGAUGACACAUAAACGUUUACAUAAGGAAAACAAAGACUUAUCGGUCAAAAAUUUUAAAUUCUUUUAUCUAAAUAAUGGUCAACCAAUGAAUGCUCCUGUAUCUGAGGCGGUAAAUAGAAAUCGACUUGUGGACAAACUCAAUCUGUCAAAUUACUAUUGUGAAACUUGUAAAUGCUUCGAAACCGAGAUGGGGAAAGGUGGUCACAUACACGAAAAUUGCAUAAAUAUGGCAAAAUUACCUUGCAAAUACUGUGGUCUAAUAUUUAGUAGCGCUUCUUUUGUACUACAUAAAAGUCUACAUGAGGAAAGAAAAAACUUGACAUUAAACAAUUUUACAUUCUUUGACCUGCAAAAUGGAAAACACAUCAAUCCACCUUUACCUGAAUAUCCAAAAUGUAUCUCUUGUGCUGUACAUUUUCUAACUAUAACAGCUAAGAAUAGCCACAUAUGCAGCGAAGUAUCGUCUUUAACUUGCCAUAUUUGCGAAAUCAAACUAUCCGAAGCCGCUUUUAAAUUGCAUAUGACUUUUCACCAAUUUAUAACAGAUAACACUAAGAUGAUAGAAUCAAAUAAUGUGCAAUCUGCUAGCAGUGCUAUUACUAUCAGUUUAGAUCAAAUAGAUAUUGACCAUCACGGAACUCUUAAAAACGUCACUAACACAUCCAAUGACGAAAGCCACGAAACAGAGUUACAUAACUCCGUUGGGGUCGCCGAAGCGUCAUUACUAAGUACUCCAGGUAGUAUAGUAUAUAUUUGUCGAAAUUGUUCGGUUUCUGUUGAUACAUAUGAUAAAGCAGUAGAGCACAGUCAAAGACAUUACGAGCCUGGAGAACAUGUGACACAAACAAUAGUUUGUGAGUUGUGUAACUUAAACAUUGACGAAGCAUGUUACAUAGAACAUCAAAAUGUACAUGAAAAUGGAAGCCAGUUCAAAUUGUUAUAUUUUGACAGUUAUUAUUUGCCUGCAGAUAAUAACUUGUGGGUAAAACAUAUCUUUCAAACUUUGCCAAAUGAAAAAAUCGUAGAAAUUUUGAGAAAUUCUAUAUACAGGUUCGAGUGUAGGAUUAAGAUGGAUGUCAUACAACAAGGAGAUCCUAAUUUAACUGUUUAUAAAUGUGAUCAGUGUGGCUGUUUCAUUGAACCAAGUUCUUUGUUUAAGCAUUCAGAUAAUGCUUGUUUUAAGCUGAGAAAUCAUCCCUGUACUUUAUGUGGUAUACCUUUUAACUCGUCUGCAUCGAGAAUUGACCACGAACAAAUUCACAAUCGUCCUAACCUUACAAUGGAGUCGUAUAGGAUAGUUGUUUUCAAUCGGGAACGGGACUUGCAGAUAAAUCGUUCUUUUUGUUUGCGUAAAAAUUACGUUUUAUAUAAAUGCAGGAACUGUGAUGUAAUCAUUGAUAAACUUCGAGAAGAUGUUCAUAAAUGUGACUUCACUAAUGUAAAGGAGUGCCCAGAUUGCGCAUUGCUAAUGAAUAUGACGGACUAUGAAAGUCAUGUGAAUAUGCACAAAGAAUUUAUCAGUUUUAAUUAUAGCAAUAUGAAAGUGAUUCUCCUCGGCGAAGCGAAUACUUUGGAAGUGACGAGUGAAAAUAUCUCAAAAUUAAAAUUCAAAGGAGCAAUUUAUGAUUAUAAAAUGUUUGUAUGUAAUAAAUGUGAGAUUUGUAUUAGGAAUGAGGAGUUCAUGCUUAAACAUAUCUGUCGUUUUGGAAAACAACGGUCAAAGUGUUUAAAAUGUGGCUUGUAUCUUUCUGUUGGAAGAUUGAAGACGCAUACAAGGUGUCAUGAACAAGAUCCUGAUUUUCUUCGGUCGAAUAUGUACAUAAUCGCAUUUGAUCCGUGCAUUUUUGAUAAGAAUAAAAAUGACACUAAAUUGUAUAGCAAAGAUAAAGACUCUGAACUCUCAGAAAGCGAUACCGAUUCUGAUUCAGAAAUUUUACGUGCAAAUUAUACAAGUACGGGCGAUGAUGCAAAUACAGUAGGAUUGACGACAGAACAUAUCGAAGAAGAAACUGCAAAGCUUUACAAGUGUACUUGUGAGUUGCAUUUUUUAAAUGAAGAUGGUAUAUCUAGGCAUUUUGGUGCGUGCAGAGCAAAUUCCAAUAUACCUAAACUAAAAUGCCAAAAAUGUGACUUACUAUUUACUCCAAAUGUCUUGUUUACUCAUCUGUUAGCUCAUCACAAUAAUAAUGGUCGCCGUUAUAAGUAUGAUAUAGUUGAAUUUGAUUCCAAUCAAGGGAAUAUGAUUCAGUAAACCAUACUUUAAGAUUGGCAAAUUUUUUAUCUAAAAUAUUCGAUUCUAAUACUGACUUUAAAAGGGCAAAUCCAGAUCUUUAGGUACCUAAUGUUUAUUACGAGUAGUGUCAUAUACAUAGAAUUAAGGAUCUCUUGCUAACGCUUAUAAGUCUUAUAGCAUAUAAGGUCUAAGUAAAAAUGUGUAUAUUUGAUUUCCUAUCUUAAUUUAUAAAUAACUAAAUGUAUUGUUUUGCUAAGUAAUCUUUGAUAAACGUUCAUUAUUUGUUAAAUAUAUAUGUUCUAAUAUAUAAGAAAUGUUGAUUAGUACCCAUACC